AUCUUCAUCAGGCGAUUCUUGGUAACACUGAUGAAAAAAUAUGUAUACAAUUACAAUAUGAUAUUAUUUAAACAUCCAGCAACAUGACCAGUGAUAAUAACAACUUAGAGUAUGAGUAUAUUGUCUUAAAGAUAAAUGGAUAUGAUAUUAGUCAUUUAUCAAGAUGUGAAGCGGUUCAAAUGUUCCUUCAGGCCAAAGAAACUAUUGUGGUUGAAAUAUGCCGUCAAACGAAUAAUGCCUUAGAAAAAAAAAAAAACAAUGAUACUUUAUCAGGAGUUGAUAAUGUUCAAAAUAUUUUACAAGCUAAGGAAUGUGAAACUGUGGAUAAAAAUUUCGUAAAUACAACUACAACUGAAUCUUCAACUAUAACCUGUUUCUCAAAGAAUUUGAAUUUUAAUCAUGAAGAAGAAGAAAGAAAUAAGCAAGUUAUUUUAACUCUCCGUGACUCCAAAAGUUCAGUUUUUCCUCCGGCUUUUGUUGCGUCCAAGGAAACCCAAACUUGUGAUUACGAUACAUCAUCGAAAGACCCUGAUUUCGAGCGAUCUAUUGCUGAUCAUUUAAUAGAACAAGAGCACAAUUUAUUUGAACAAUGUCUGGAACCAGAAAUUGAUAUCGAGGAAAUAACACUCAAUAAGCCAAUGGAUAUUGUAUCCUGUGGACAAAUGGGACUACAUGUUUGUUCCGCAGGUUUUCCAUCGCCAAGUACUUAUCACAAUAAGGACGAUUUUUUUUGCACGGAAGAUAUUUUUGAAGAUGUAUUUAUCUGUGGUAUUAAAUCAGAUAGUAUUGCCGAACAAGAUGGACGACUUCGAAAGGGUGACCAGAUACUACGCAUUAAUGGUAUAGAUGUAAGAAGAAAGGAAGAUGUAGAAACACGAAUUGCGGAAAAAAACUCAAUAGUGACGCUUCUAGUUAGCCGAAUAUUAUACGCAGAAGAUGACGGCGAUGACAUUGAGAGUAACUUUGAAUACGACAACAGUUUUCUAAGCGACGACUACAAAAAUGUUGUAGAUAAAUUGGAUAAAGUUCUACUAAGCCAAGUUAAAUAUAAAAAAACUAUAUCAAAUAAUGAAGAUUUUCACACUCCAAAAUGCUUAUGUUUAGAAACACAAAAAAAUUCUGGUGAAAAUACAAGGUUAUUUAAUGAAGAAAAUUGUAUUCCGAAUAAAAUAAACAAAACCAUAGAUCGAUCGACAAAUAAAAAUCAAGAAAAUCUUUUAUAUGACUACGAUGAAAAUGAGCAUAUUUAUGAGACCAUUCCAGAGGAUUCUGAAUCUGAACCCUUAUAUUGCUCACCAUAUCAAAGUUCAAAUUACAUGACGGCAGUGGGUUCUUGUUCACCUGCAACAAUAACGGAACCGGCCGGAAUAGAAACAGAUGCAUUGGUGACAUCAAUGCAACAUCAAACUCAACGAGUCGCCCAGUGGCUGGGUUUAAAAUCCCAAUGCCCUAAGACAACGAAAAAUCUUAGUCGACUUCCAUCAGCAAAACCAAAUCAACUUCCUGAAUGCAAUAGAAUUUUCACAUUACGCAGCACAAUCACUAGUACAAGUCGAUCCAGCAGUAGUGGAAUUGUAUAUAGCUUAAAUCGCCCAAUCAAAAUUCCUAGCGAAGAAGUGCAUAAUUCCCUUAGUGCUUUCAACGCUGAAGGUUCAAAAAAUAGCGCGAAGCCUCAUAUGAAUAUAUUGAAAGCUGAUGAAGAACCCAUUUCGAAUUCUAAACUGGAAGGGAUAGAUCCUGAAGUUGACUCUACAGUUUCGCAAAGUGAAGCUUUUGUUACUUCUCCUUUAAGUAGUAUGUUACUUUUGCCAUUUGGGAAAUCAGGACGCAUUGGGCUCUGUUCUGGCAACUUGCACACAGCUUAUAUCAGCGAAACCCCCAGAAAAGCCAGCAAUGAAGAGGACAUAAAUGUGCAUAGAUCAGAUCAACAUGUUAUACAAAUAAAGAAAGUAGAAGAAAGUCACCAUCCGCAGUUUAAUGCACCAAAUUUAAGUCGCUAUCAUUUUGUAAGUAGCCAAGAGGUUGCGAACAAAGCUCAAGGUUCUAUUCAAAGUUCAAAGAAUACUUCUGAACUAGUCAACAUAAAAGGCGGUGAUGAAUCAUCUAUGGUUUGGAAAGUUAAACGACGACCAGAUGGAUCUCGGUACAUUGUGAAACGACCGGUGCGUAAUCGCACAAUUCAAAAAAAUAUUCGGGGAAAUGAGCUACCUACUGAAGAGGAAACAAUAUCAGAAGUGAAAAUUGGUCGUUGUUGGACAAAGGAUGAACGGAAAAGGCAUAUAGAACGGGCACGAGAGCGGCGACAUCAUAAGCUGCACGAAAAACAAUAAAUGUUUUUUCCUAUAUAUCCUAAGUAAUACAUUACAUAGCUUUACUUAGAAUUAAAUAUGUAGCAUUCAUAUUUGU